CCAAGUAUUACACAUUGACUAACAAAGUUAUCAAGAUGGCUUGUCUUAGCAGUUGCUGGAUUUCUGUUCACCGUUUUUGUUCUUCCCUGUUCCAGAGGUUGAGGUCUUUUGCCCUGCGGCUUGGCCAGUCGCAGGGCGAGGGUGGGACUUGUACUGAGGUGACCGAGGCUAUGAGGGCACUGCCUCCCGGUAGUGAUGAGGUCGUUGCUUUGGCUGUGUCGGAGGAGCUGUCUACUGAGGUGACUCCCUUCGCUAGCCAGGACCCCGUCCGUCCUGUUGUAGAUGUUGCGGUAAUCCCAGAGGAUACGCCCGCCGCUGACGUUGAAGGUAUUGGGGAAGGGGCUCCUCAGGGUGGCCAUCCUGUGGAGCAUGAGGUGGGUCCUGUACCCCAGGUGGAUCCUUUCCCUUUUGUACCUGAGGUAGAGGUGCCUCUCCCACCUCUUUUUGUCCCAGAGGUAGAGGUGCCCGCUCCUUUUGUGCCACAGGUAUCCCAGGUAUUCCCAGGGAACACCAGAGACAGGGAGUCUCUGGGAGGGGUGGUUCAGGGAUUAGAGGUUAAUCCUGAGGGUAGGCCAGAGUUAGAUGUAGAGGUUUUUGUCCCACGCAGGUCAACUAGGCCCCGUCGACCUCAUGUGCCAAUGCAAGUUAUUUGGGGGGUUAAGUCCUAUGAUUUAUAGCCAAUGGCCUCACACCUCCUCCCUUCUUGUGGUUGAGGAGAACAUGACAGAAAUAAGGGUGUUUAGUAUACUUUAACAUUAAGCUACUUCAUCAUCCACAUAUCAUCAUCAUCAUCCAUUCAUCAUCAUCGUCCAUUCAUCAUCAUCAUCAUCAUCAUCAUCCAAUCUUCAUCAUCAUCAUCCAUUUAUCAUCUUCUACUCAUUAUCAUCAUCUAUCCAGCAUCAUCAUCUGUUCAUCAUUAUCAUCAUCCAUUCAUCCUCAUCCAUUCAUCAUCAUCAUCAUCAUCAUCUCUAUUCAUCAUCAUCUGUCUAUCAUCAUAAUUAUCUAGUCAUCAUCUAUUCAUCGUUGUCAUCAUCUAUUCAUCACCAUCAUCUCUAUUCAUCAUCAUCUUCUCUAUUUAUCAUCAUCAUCUGUUUAGUCAUCAGUACUUGAUUUUUCUACAGACACUUGUUGGUUAGUCCCAAUCCCCCCUCCCCUCCUCCGCCCCAUGCCAUUUGUCAGCAUCAAGAUUUAGAACAUGAUCAAAGAUGUACUCUUAUGUUCUGCAUUGGUCGAGUAGGCUUAUGUGAUGGGACGUUUGCACUUUUCUCGUCAUGGCUGCUGUUUCCUUGCUGUUGGGGGCUAUCUUUUUUCUCUUAAGAGAGAAAUUAGAUUGACGGGAAGUGAAUCUGUGGCCAUGACAAAGAAACAUGCCUAUAGACCAACACCUUAGCCUGCUCAGCUCUUGCAGAACAUGACUGAUAACCAAAUAAUAAUAAAAAUAAAUCUCAAUAUAACAUGUUUUGUAAUCAUGACCAUUUCUCAGUUUAUUUUAAAAAACUAAAAGUUUGCUGAUAGUUGUCAGGGUCUUAGGAGGGGAGUUGGGCAAACCCACCAGUGUAUGUGGAUUUUCCAAGGAAACAGAAUUGGCAUCACUGCUUAUCACUCAUCUCCAUAAAUCAUUAGUCAUUAUCAAAUCCAUUUAUCUUCAUCUGUCCAUUUAAUUAUUAUCAUGUAUUCAGUCAUCUUUAUCAUCAUUCUUAUCAUUUAUCAUUACUCAUCAUUCAUCCAUUAUCAUUAUUCAUUACAAACAUAAUUCAUCAUCAUUUUAAGUCAUCAUCAUCACCAUCAUCAGUCAUUAUCAUCAUCAUCCUCCUCCACUUCCUUCUUCUUCUCCUCCUCCUCCUCAUCAUCUAUUUUAUCAUCAUUCAUUAUCAUCAGCCAUUAUCAUAUCUAUCUAUAAAUCAUGUCCAAACUACAUUUAUUCAAGGUGUUAAAUGUAUACCAAACAGUCAGAUUUCUUGCCAGUUCUUUGAAACCAUUUCUUAGUUAAGUGGUGUGAUUGUUGUUGUUGUAUGUGUAUGUUGUUUGUGUAUGUGAAGUUUGAAAGCUUGUGUUAUAUGUUACCAGUAACAGUAUGUGUACUAUAAAUACUUAAAAGACAAUACUAAAUUAGCCAAGGAGGCUUUGUUAAUAAUGGCAAAAAUUGCAUGCAGUACUGGAUUUUCCCAGGACCCAGCAAUUUCCAGGACCCUGCAAAAUUAGUAUUUAUGGUAACUAUCUUCUAUGCACGGUACUGGUUUUUUUCCAGGAGUGACAAGAAGAAUGUGUGAAAAGUCGUGUGUGCUUGUUUUGUUGGUAGUGUGUGUGGUGUGAUUGUUGUUGUUGUAUGUGUAUGUUGUUUGUGUAUGUGGAGUUUGAAAGCUUGUGUUAUAUGUUACCAGUAACAGUAUGUGUACUAUAAAUACUUAAAAGACAAUACUAAAUUAGCCAAGGAGGCUUUGUUAAUAAUGGCAAACAUUGCAUGCAGUACUGGAUUUUCCCAGGACCCAGCAAUUUCCAGGACCCUGCAAAAUUAGUAUUUAUGGUAACUAUCUUCUAUGCACGGUACUGGUUUUUUUCCAGGAGUGACAAGAAGAAUGUGUGAAAAGUCGUGUGUGCUUGUUUUGUUGGUAGUGUGUGUGGUGUGAUUGUUGUUGUUGUAUGUGUAUGUUGUUUGUGUAUGUGGAGUUUGAAAGCUUGUGUUAUAUGUUACCAGUAACAGUAUGUGUACUAUAAAUACUUAAAAGACAAUACUAAAUUAGCCAAGGAGGCUUUGUUAAUAAUGGCAAACAUUGCAUGCAGUACUGGAUUUUCCCAGGACCCAGCAAUUUCCAGGACCCUGCAAAAUUAGUAUUUAUGGUAACUAUCUUCUUUGCACGGUACUGGUUUUUUUCCAGGAGUGAAAAGAAGAAUGUGUGAAAAGUCAUGUGUGCUUGUUUUGUAUGGUAGUGUGUGUUGUGUGUUUGUUGUUUUUACAAAAAAUACAAAAAAUACAAAAAAAAAAAAAAAAAAAAAAAAAAAAAAAAAAAAAAAAAUUUGUGCAUGUUCUUGUUUGUAGUAUUUAAUGUAAUAAUUUAUUGUGACCAUUGCAGGCUGCAAGAAAGAGCAUCAUAAUGCAGUUAACUGAAUUCUGUUAUGAAGCAGGAAAGGGACAUCAAAGAACAGUGGACAAGAUUUUAUUCUGAAGCA